ACUAUGUAUAAACCAAACGGGGGGAGGCGGAGGGAGAGUUAAAGCCCGAGUGACAACAGCUGAGGGGCAGCCCAGGCAGAAGCGGUGGGGCGGCAGGAACAGAGGACGCCUCUGCUUGGAAAGGGGUAUCUUGCGAUCUGCUACACACUUCUUUAAUGAUCUUCAGAAUACAAAUUGAAAGUGUAACUGCCAAUGAACUUCAUCAAAUUUCACAUAGGGAGCAACUCUUGAACAGAGGACUGCAUCUUGACUACCUCUAGACAAUUGCGAUAACUUCAUUUGGUGCUUGCUUACACAGGUUCUACGGAAGUGGUCCAAAAUGCCUUUCACUGAUGAACAGAGCAGUGACUGUGAUUCUUCGCGAUCUUCAGAAAGUGCAGCUUCUUCAUCGAGUGACUCUGAAUACUCAAGGCAGAGUUUUACCAGUGAUUCUUCAAGCAAGCCCAGUUCUCCAGUCUCAACAAGCCCUCCCAAAAUGGUUACAUUUGAUGAGAUGAUGGCAGCUGCAAGGAAUCUGUCAAACCUGUCUCUGGCUCACGAAAUUGCUGUAAAUGAGAAUUUUCAUUUGGAACGCGUAGAGCAGCCUCAGAACAGCUUUCCUGGAAGGAUUAAACAAAUUGUACAUAAAGCAUUCUGGGAUCGCCUGGAAGAAGAUUUGAAGGAGGACCCUCCUGAGUAUGAGCAUGCAAUCAAAUUGUUUGAGGAAAUUAAAGAGAUCCUUCUUUCUUUUUUGAACCCGGGGGCUAACAGGAUGCGCAACCAAAUUUGUGAAGUCCUCGAUGCGGACCUUAUAAGGCAGCAGGCUGAGCACAAUGCAGUUGAUAUCCAGGGUCUUGCAAACUAUGUCAUUAGCACCAUGGGAAAGCUGUGUGCUCCAGUAAGGGACAAUGAUAUCAACCAGUUAAAGCCCACUGGGAAUAUUGUAGCAUUGUUGAGGCAAAUAUUCCAUGUUCUGGAUCUCAUGACAAUGGAUAUGGUUAAUUUUACCAUACAGUGUCUUAGACCUCACGUUCAGCGCAACUUGAUAGAUUACGAAAGAGCAAAAUUCCAAGAUAUACUAGAAGAAACUCCAAGUGCCCUAGACCUGACAACCGAAUGGAUAAGGGAAUCAAUACAAGAUGAACUAUCUUCUGUUUCUUGUGAAAUGCCAUCAACUCCUGGUGCUAAUGGGAUGUCAAAACCAAAUCUUAGCCCAAUUACGGUGUUAACAAACAGCUACCUGAAACUGUUAGAGUGGGAUUAUCAGAAAAAAACAAUUCCAGAGACACUAAUAACAGAUGAAGCUCGCCUCCAAGAAUUAUCCAAGAAAUUGAAUCAGUUGAAGAUUGUAGCGUGUAUUUCUCUCAUAACAAGCAACAUGCUGCCUGCAGUUAUUGAGGAUAUUCCAGACUUCGUUGAGAAACAAAAAAGGAUUUCUUUUGUUUUGCUUGAAGGAAUGCAUAAGGAGACUUUUGAUUUAAAAGAAGCUCUUAAUGCAAUAGGUAUUCAGACAUGUAGUGCAAUUAAUGAAUCACUCACAAAGAGAGGCUUUCAACUAUUAAAUAAAAAAGUUCAAGAAAAUGUGGUAGGUCAGCUCUGCAACAUUGUUGAAGAAGACAAUGCUGUCAUCACUUUAAUUGGUAAACGAAUUCAUUUGUACAUGAAAAGCUUGCUUGUUUCUCCAUGCUUUCAAAAAUCUAUGCCUACAGUUUCUGGAGGUCUUGAUGUGAUUCAGAAAGAGAUAGAGACUAUUGGAUCGCAGUAUGCUAGCAUUGUUAACCUUAAUAAACAGGUUUAUGGACCAUUCUAUGCAAGUAUCUUUCGAAAACUGCUGUACAAUGAGACAGAAACAAACAAAGCAGAACUUGAGACUUCUACCAACUGAAAAUGUACAGCUUCUUUUUUGGUCCCUCCUUUUCACAAUAUUUAUAUUGUGAUCUGCAUUCUUCUUUUGACUAUGCAUAGCUUGCAGUGAUGGCUGUUAAUGUGAGACAGAGAGAAAUGUGUUUAUAUUAUACAGAUUACAGUCAAAUAAAUAAAAGUUCCCUCCAAAUUAAAGCAAUACUACAUUUUAAAAAGGUAACUUUUGAAAAGAUUAAUUCUGUUUCUAGCUAUGGAUUAUAACAUGUGGCACUUAUUUUCUAUAAUUUUCUUUUUCUUACACAAAAUAUUUCAGACAUGUAUGAUAAAUGCCUAAAUGAUAUAAAUCUCUUAAAUGUUUAAUAUGCUUAUGCGAAUGACUAUGGUGCAAUAAUAUAAAUAUAUAUUUCAGUUUCAAUCUGAAAUAAUUGUUAGGGCAUUUGCCUUCUGCCUUUACCCAAAAUGGAUUGCUCAAGAAACCCUCCCCCUUUCCUCCCCCCCCCCCAUUUCUCUCUUCUCACAAGUGAGAUGAUAGGGAAGAUCAUGUGUCAAAUUUAUUCAAGGCUGUUUCCUGUUUUGAGCUUUUAAUGUAUGCAGUCUUCAUAAUCAGUACCAGUUGUUUAGAAUUUAGUAGCCUCUGAUUUCACUAGUUCAUUUUUUAAAAAAGAUAAGAUAAGUUAUGAUAUUUUAACUCAUUUGCUUAACAACUUGCUGUAUUAUAUACAAGCUAUAUGUAUUUUAUUUUUCUCAAUUUAUUGAAGGGUUAAAAUACAUUGAACAUAUAAUUCUCUGUUUACUACCAACAUGAAUCAGAAUUUGAAAAUGGGAAACUCGAGAAGACAAAUGUAUGGUUUUAAGCAACAAAUGCUGAACACCUUUUGCAGAUUUAUGUCACUAAAUAGUUCCAGUUGAUAUUUUACUUGCUUUUUUAAAAUAAAAAUUGAGUUAUUAUUUUGGGCAUAACAUGAAACGCUCUUACCUAGAGAUAUAAAAUUUCUGGAAAUUUUAAAGCCAUGAGUAAAAACCGUUCCCCCUCCACAUUUUUUUUCCAGAAAAAAAAAUUUUUUUUUGAAUAAUUGAAAAAAAAAAGUUCAGUGUGGAAUAGUUUUAUAAAUUGCAUGAAAUGCAGUGUAUAUAAAAGUAUCAUGCUUGCAAUAAAAAAGUAACCACCACCCCUAAGCAGAUUUGCCCCUUAACACCAAUAGCAAAUAACGUUAAGAUCCACUUCAGUAUUUAAGCUCCGUAGAAGGUUUACCUUUUGAGUGGCAUUUUUUAAAAAAAAGAAACACAAGGCACAACACAUACGUGCAGUUUAUUCUAUCAUUUUCUGAACUACUGCUAUCAUUUUCCAUUUCUUCUUCCUCUUCGUCAUUUUUCUCAUGGACUUCUAAAAUCUUUAGGGUUGCACGCAUUGAAACAAGCUUUUCUACCCUGUCACAGGUCAGUUUGUUUUUUGAUUUGGUAUGAAUAUUACCAAACAUAUUCUUUCACAUGCAGCAGAAGAUGCAAGAGGUGUCAGAGGUUGUGUGGUACAGAGACCUUGCACCAUGUUGCAGGAGGGAUAUGUUUUGCAGAAUCCCAGAACGCAUUCCUGGCCCAAAAUCCCUGAAGAUGUUCUAUAUUCUGCAACAUUUGAAAGUUUUUUUCCAACAUCAAGUUCUAAGUGCCCAGCUUGCUUCAUAAUCCAGCCAAAUGCAGCAGCUGUAUUCCCAUCACUCACACACACUGCCUUUGAAUCUUGGAUCCAAUAGAUUUGCAGCAGCAUAUAUUGAAUGGCAACAAAAUUCUUCUAGUUUCUUAAUAAAACCUUUCACUUUACCUCUUUCAGCAGUUGCAAGUGGAGAUGCACUUAGAUUUUUAAAAAAACAGAUAUUUUUAUCAUAGCCAUGUGGUUAGGAAUUUCUGACAAAAGUGCAGUGUCUGAUUCAGAUACAUGGGUUGCUGAAAAAAAUGGCAUUAAAAUUUGUAGGGAGUUCUGCAGCUGAACCCAAAACACAUCCUCAUAAAGCACUGUGUUCCUUAUAUUUCUGGGAAUUUUAAGAUCCUCAAUUAUUACUGCUGCUUAAACACUUGUCUUUUUAGUAAACUUUCAAGGGAUCACCACUCCACCCCAAGGUGUUUUACUACAGCACUUCACUGUCACUAUUUUAUUCUGUGCAUUUUUCUUCUUGCUGCUGCUUGAAGACUGCGGUGGCAACAUGAUUUUCUUUAAUCCUUUGAAGGGUGUCCAGUUUCAUGAAGUCACUAAGAAAUAGGUUUAGUCCAUGAGAUGCACAUCCUAUUGCAGUAAUAUAUAUCCAUUAUGAUUUUCCAUGCAGCUUUCAUAUUACUUCCAUUCUCGGUCAAUAAAGCAAACACUAUAUCACUCUCAAUUUUCUCUAAAAUUGCACAUAUUUCACUACUUACUGUGCAGUAUGUCUGUUCCCUCCUGUUUCGAUGCUUGUAUAAAAGACUGGUUGAGGUAUUGUUAUCAGAAAGUUAAUGAUUCCUUCUCCCUGAACAUUUGUCCAUCCGUAAGUACUGCAAGAAAUAGUGCUUUGCUUAUUUUUCCAUGAUAUGGUCAUAAUAACUUAAAAGUUUCCUGCCAACAAAGCUGAUCCAGAAUCAUAUAUUGCUCUUGUAAGAGUAUGAUCAAUUUUCUCCUGAUUUUCAGGUGUCAUUUUAUCUAUAAGUGAAGGUCUUGUGUAUUUUUGUAAGGCAGUGGUUUGCGACACUUCCUUACCUGAAGAUGCUGUUAGUGAAGAAACAUUUUGUGAUGAUCCAGAAGCAGCACAAAGAGUGUUUCUGGAAUUAGAACUCUGGAAGGAAAAGCAAUAUGCCCUUUCAUUCUGGUCCUCAUCAUUUCAUUCCAUAACAUAUUCUUUAAUGUCUUUAGGGCGCUUCUGGCAUGCAAGGAUUGGUUUUGUCAUCGUUGUAGCAUUUGGAAAAGUAUAUUCUUACAAUAUCUGCAAACUGCAGCUUUGCUCUCAGCAAAAAUUGCACUGUGAAAAUGCUUCCAAACUCUCACCAUUUUACA